ACAAGAUAGUAACUACUAACAAUUGGAUACCACGAAAUUGGGGAGAAAAGGGGGUAAAAAUUUAAAUAACUAAAAUAUUCCAACACAGUUUAUGAAUGAAAAKGACGUAUUUAACUGCGCAUACCUAUGACGUUGUAUUCUCUGAUCCCGCCCACGUGUGGUGGUCUAAAGAAACAUGUCGCUCCCCUUCAUACACAGAUCCGCGAUGUUAUGCAGAGGAUUUAGGGCAAGUUUAAAUCUUUACGACCACACGACAAGGAUUCCAAAUACUACGAUACGAUUACGAACAUUGUGUAGCUCAGUUGGAGAAGCAAAUAUUGGGAUAUUACAAUCUACAGAAGAAUACAAAUUUGUKGAACGACUGAUCCCACCUUCACGAGUGCCCAUUCCCCCUAAACAUGACGGUCCUUCCCCAUCUGGCUGGACUCCUCCAUCAGAGGUGCCUCCUGCUUUGCCAUACAUGAUCCGUCGCUCCCGAAUGCACAAUGUUCCUGUCUACACAGACCUCACCCAUGGCAGCCGCAAGACAACCCUAGUACGCAAGGUUGAAGGGGACAUCUGGGCUCUUGAGAAGGAUGUUAAGGAGUACCUGCAACAGCUUACUGGCAAAGACCUGCCAACACAGGUCAAUGAGGUGACCAUGACACUUCGGGUCAAAGGUCACUUUGAUACAGAGCUGAAGGAGUGGCUGGUGGAGAAGGGAUUCUAACUGGACCGCUGAUAAACUGUUGCAGAAGAGUUGUCAGAGAAAGAGUGCAUACUUUUCUACAUGAAACCCAACAAUUUGAAAUGCAUCCUGUAUUGAAAUAGAAUAGAUAAUUAAGAGACAGUUGUUUGUAGAUGUGCUCUGUCAAUUAUAUUUGUAUGGAAUACCUUACGCUCAGCUGAUAAACAUACUUGAAAGUUGAAUUAUUAAAUGGCCCUUUCCUAUGGGUGGGGGGGGGCUGCUUUACCCACUUACUCUAUUUUUAUUUGAUAUCCACAGGAACAAUAUCAGUUGUAAGUUUGAUUCAUGAGUUGUAUUGCUAUAAAAUAAUAUCACCAUUA